AUGCUGUUAGCAGAGAGCCGCUGGAUUCGGUGCCUUGGGCUUCUGAUGUUUUAUGUGCAGGGCGGCCGGCCGGCAACCACCAUCCAGUGCGAGGAGCUAAAUGAGGCAGACAUCGAGGCGCAACUCCGUGAGCAGCUGCAACAGAUGAGGGAGCAGAAUGCCACCGUUGAGAUGGAGAAGGCUGAAGUCGAGGCGCGUGUGCUGCUGUUGGAGGAGCAGGUGAGGAAGCUGUCUUCUCUGCUGUCGGACACGGCGCGUCAGCUAAAAGAGGCCAAAGACUUGCCCAAGGAGGCGGAGCCAAAGUACAAGCUGGACGCCGGCCCACCUGGAACGCUCACCGAUGAGGUCAUCUGCCUUCAGGCGCCACAGCUGGUGCCGCGGCUGUGGCAAGCUGCCCGCCAGAACCACCAGGAUGAGGAUGCUGCAAUCGAGCUCGACGCCGCGCCAUCGGGAACGGUGGCGGCUGAGCCUGCCCAGGUGCAGCAAGACCAGGUGAUGAAAGAGCUGCAGUGUGCGCUCGAGGCAAAGGAGAACUCCAUCCAGCAGCUUCAGGCGGAGGUGGCGACGCUCAGUGGAAGAGUACGAACACUCCAAAAGGCAUGCAAGAUGCGCCUGGACGAGAUGUUUGAAGUCAUCAUGGAGGACCCGGCCAUACCGACCAAGUCGCCCGAUAUGGAUGCCGGGCACGCAUCCCCAUCAUUGCCCAGAGGGCUGUUGGCCUGGCAGCAGCGGCAAAGAGCCACUCGAGCUGCUUUGUCGGCUUCGGCGUCCGUGGGCUUCUCGCUUGACUGA